AUGUCAUUGAAGCGUAUCACCAAGGAGCUCAACGAUUUGGGCAGAGACCCACCAACGUCGUGCUCUGCAGGGCCAGUGGGCGAUGACUUGUACCACUGGCAGGCGUCGAUCAUGGGUCCGCCAGACUCGCCGUACGCGGGAGGGGUGUUCUUUCUCUCGAUCCACUUUCCCACGGACUACCCGUUCAAGCCCCCUAAGAUUUCGUUCACGACCAAAAUAUAUCACCCUAACAUCAACGCCAAUGGCAACAUCUGCCUAGACAUCUUGAAGGACCAAUGGUCGCCAGCUUUGACGAUCUCCAAGGUAUUGCUAUCCAUCUGCUCUUUGUUGACGGACGCCAACCCGGACGACCCGUUGGUUCCGGAAAUUGCUCACAUCUACAAGACGGAUAGGGCCAAGUACGAGGCUACCGCCAAGGAAUGGACCAAGAAGUAUGCUGUUUGA